CCUGAUCUGCGGCGGCCGCGGCGGGUCCAGGCAGUGGAGGCUGAGAGGUUAUGAUGGCGGCGACCGCGGUGGAUCGAGUGCGGGCGGGGAUGCGGCGGGCCCCGGCGCUCUGGCAGAUGCCAUGGCUGCCGCUGGUGAUGGUGGCGGCGGCGGCGGCGGCGGCGGCGUCGGAGCAGCAGGUGCCGCUGGUGCUGUGGUCGAGUGACCGAGACCUCUGGGCUCCUGCGGCCGACACCCACGAGGGCCAUAUCACCAACGACAUGCAGCUCUCUACCUACUUAGACCCCGCCCUGGAGCUGGGCCCCCGCAACGUGCUGCUUUUCCUUCAGGACAAGGAAGGAUUGGCUGAAGUUGUGUGGCUUGUGCAAGCCACAGCUGGUUCCAGCCUGAGUCUGUUGGACACCCCUCCACCCCAGCUGAGCAUCGAGGACUUCACAGCGUACGGUGGCGUGUUUGGAAACAAGCAGGACAGUGCCUUCUCUAACCUGGAGAAUGCCCUGGACCUGGCCCCCUCCUCUCUGGUGCUUCCGGCCGUCGACUGGUACGCGGUCAGCACUCUGACCACUUACCUGCAGGAGAAGCUCGGGGCCAGCCCCCUGCACGUGGACCUGGCCACGCUUCGGGAGCUGAAGCUCAACGCCAGCCUCCCGGCCUUGCUGCUCCUCCGCCUGCCCUACACGGCCAGCUCGGGUCUGAUGGCGCCGAAGGAAGUGCUCACAGGCAAUGAUGAGGUCAUCGGGCAGGUGCUGAGCAUGCUCAAGUCGGAAGACGUUCCGUACACGGCGGCCCUCACGGCAGUCCGCCCUCCUAGGGUGGCCCGCGAUGUAGCCUUGGUGGCUGGGGGUCUGGGUCGCCAGCUGCUGCAAAGACAGUCGGCAUCGCCUAUGAUCUUUUCCCCUGUGAGUUACAACGACACUGCUCCCCGGAUCCUGUUCUGGGCCCAAAACUUCUCGGUGGCAUAUAGGGACCACUGGAAGGACCUGACCUCCCUCACCUUUGGGGAUCAGGACCGCCUCAACCUGACCGGCUCCUUCUGGAAUGACUCCAUUGCCAGGCUUGUGCUGACCUACGAACAGCUCUUUGGUACCACGGUGACAUUCAGGUUCAUUCUGGCUAACCGCUUCUACCCGGUGUCCGCCCGACACUGGUUUACCCUGGAGCGCCUUGAAAUCCACAGCAACGGCUCCGUCGCCUACUUCAAUGCGUCCCAGGUCACAGGGCCCAGCAUCUAUUCCUUCCACUGCGAGUACGUCAGCAGUCUGAACCAGAAUGGCAAUCUCCUCGUGCCCGGCACACAGCCCUCUCUCUGGCAGAUGACUUUUCAGGACUUCCAGAUCCAGGCCUUCAACGUGACGGGUGAGCAGUUCUCCUACGCCAGUGACUGUGCAGGCUUCUUCUCCCCGGGCAUCUGGAUGGGGCUGCUCACCUCCCUGUUCAUGCUCUUCAUCUUCACCUACGGCCUGCACAUGAUCCUCAGCCUCAAGACCAUGGACCGCUUUGACGACCACAAGGGCCCCACCAUAGCUUUGACCCAGAUCGUGUGACCCUGCACCUGUGGGGGGUUGAGGGCGUGCUGGUGUCCAGGUCGUCGCGUUCCCACCAGAGGCAUGCUGGGCAGGAGGGCUUCCCCUCUUCCUACGGUAGCAUGACUCCUGGCUCCCCUCAGCCUGUCUGGCUCUCUGUUCCACCUGCUGAGGGUCUUCCCUGGGCUGCCCACUCCCCACCUCUAUCACCAAGCUGUAUGUAUUCUGCGUAGAUAGUAGGCACAUUUCCCAGGCUUGGUCAUUGUGAAGGAAGGGGCCGUGAGUUCUAGGGCCCGUCCUCCUCCCCCUUUCUCCUUAUUUAUUCUCAUCUCUCUGCCUUCGCCCCUUGCUGUUUAUAGUGCUUUUGUGUAGCCGGUGCUCCCUCCCCAGGCUCUAUGGGGCUCCUUGUAGCAGCCAGGAGCUGGAAGUUCCCUGAGUUUGGGGGGUGUGGAAGUACUAUUUAACUGUCUGUCCUGCUUGGCUGGUGUUAUUGUUUUUUGGUGAUGUUGUGCUAAGGAUAAGCAGUGCACUGGGGUGUUUUUUUUUUGGUCUGAGAAGGAAGGGACCUCCAUGGCAGGGGGGCUGGGUGUGAUCACUGGGUGCCUGGCAGGAGCCUGGGGUGCUCGCGGUUUCCUUCCUAAUAAAAUAAAGACGGGUCGCCAUG